AUGGUGGCCCAUUCUAGAAUUCUCCUCUCUAAGUGUUCCCAGUUCCGUAGAGAAGGAGAAUUUAUCGACAUACGUUUGAAAGUGGGUGAUACACUUUUCCCAGCUCACCGAGUUGUACUUGCUUCGUAUAGCAAUUAUUUCCACUCCAUAUUUACAGAUGGGAAAGAAGCCAACCAGGAAGUGAUCGAAAUGAAAGACAAAAGCAUUUCACCGCAGAUACUCAAGAUCGUUAUGGACUCCAUCUACACUGGUGAUCUUCAUGUCAACCAGAAGAGCGUAUUUGAAGUUCUUCUCGCUGCUAGUCAGCUUCAAAUCUCAAGUGUUGUUCAACUGUGUUGCGAAUUCGUAAAGAAGGAAUCCAUAGAAAACGGAAUUGACCUGAAGAACUACUCCGUGCUGUGUACAGUCGCCGAAAGACUCGGUCUGAGAGAUCUGCAAGAGGCAGCAGAGGCCAAGAUGGCAUCCAUGUACAAAGAUGUUUGCGAAAGUAAAGAAUUCCUGACUUACGUCGAUGCAGAUCAACUACUCAUCCUUCUUGGUCGAGAUGACCUCAAUUCACCCUCUGAAGCUUUCGUCUUCAAAUCAGUGAUGAAGUGGAUCAAAUACAAAGGAGAAGAGCGGAUGCCAGUCGCUGGAAAACUUAUUGGAGCUGUUCGUCUGGGGCUGGUAGAUGUGAAGAUUGUGAUUGAAGAGUUGAAAACAGAAGAAAUGCAGCGAUUUCCAGAGGUAAACAUGCAUCUGCAAGAAUCCAUGAUGCAUCACAUCAUGCCUUCUCAUGAAUUCGCCCCUGAGAAAGUUAAACCUCGAUCAAUGAGUCCGGUGAGUGAAAAACUAAGCUCUUUAACUGCUUCCUUUAUCUAGAACAUUAACGCAGCUUUAGUUGAGACUUCACUUGUCUCAUCACAAUACACUGAGUUUCACGACAACUAGCUUCCAGUUUUGAAAUUUCUGGAGCGUCAUUUGCAUGUUAAUUCGUUUUCCUGAUUCUAUCAGCGAAAGAGUUCGAUGAUUUUCAUUGAGAAUCGGUCAAUUAGUCAGUCUGCUACUUUAUCAAGAAACCAAGUUUUUAUCUAUGCACUGGGUAUCUAUAUUUACACUAACCCAGAGACUGCAUGUCGUGUUGUCCGUACCGUGAUCGAUGAAAACCAUUUCAAUAAAAAUAUACGUGCGCAACAAAUUAACCAUCUACUCUAGUAUAUUUUUGGAGCCUUAAACCGAAUACUCUCUUUGAAAAAAUAUUCCAGAAUGUCAGCUAAAAAGAGGAAUUUUCAAAUGAUUGUAUCUUGUUUUAGGUGCUCGUUGCCAUUCACCCCACGAGUUGUGUACGUGUUCCUAAGAGAUCUCAAAAUGCAGAGUACGGUGCGUAUAAUCCUUACUCACUUCAGUGUAUAGCUUAUUACUUUGAUUUCGAAGCGAAGGUAUGGAAACCUUUGCCAUCUGUAGCACAAUCAGAUGAAGAAGAUAUUUCAUGCUUUUGUGCUGAACGCAUUGGAAACUACUUAUUUGUAGCUAAACAGAGGCAGAACGAGGGUAAUUUCAUACAUCGAUAUGAUGUGGUAAAUAAAUCAUGGGUUAAAUUACCAAAAUACGGAAACAACCACAUAGUUAACUGCUUAUGUUCUGUUGGUGACUAUCUUUACGCAAUUAAUAAGUCAAAUCCUCCUCAAAGGUACAGUUUGACAAAUAACAGUUGGCAAGGUGGAGAAGGCUUAAAAGUAGUAGAAAACAUGGAGAAGUUAAGUUCAGUAGCAGCGACAGUAAUGAACUCUAAAAUAUAUGUAAUUCGUAGUUAUCGAGAAUGUGAAAGACACCUCGGUUGGGUCAAUAAACCAGCUGUGGUUCAUUGUUUUGGCCCAAAAUACAAUGUUUGGACAAAACUCGCCUCAACCUGCCAUCCUCAUUUUAAAUCCAGUCUUUUUGUUGUCAAUAACAGACUGUGUGUGGCGGGGGGAUGUAUUGAUGACCUUUGGUGCGACCUUGCACCUGUGGAAGUGUAUGAUGAAGGUACUAACACCUGGUCUGUAGUGCCUCAGAAACAUAUUCCCCUAAACAACUUGGGUGCAGUUGAAAUAGAGGGGAGGGUGUAUUUCAUCAUCAACAAAUUUCCAGUCGACAGUGGGAUUAGAAUUCCACCUGAGGAAAUGUAUCAAGUUGACUUAAGUGGUUGGAGAGAUCUAGCUAAAAUCAACAGAAAAGCAAUUUUGUGUUAUUUGCCUGUCAAGAGCGAAAACUUGAAAUGA